ACCUAUUUAUCACGAUGUUGUAUAUUAUACCGUGCUAUUUAUUAAUAUUUAUCCUGACAAUUUGACUAAUUUGAGUAAUCUGAGUAUCCGACCUUCCGUGGAUGAAUUAUUAUAGGAUAAUAAUAUUAUAAUUAGUAAUUCGUGUUACGUGUUUCUGUACUAACUGGAUAAUGUACUACCUAUAUAAAUAUAUUAUAAUACUCCACGACAUUCCACAGAAUAGAUGAAAUCACAUUACAACUAACAUUUUGUACACCUAAUACCUACCUAAUUUGUUUUAUUCUGUGCCUAAAGCUUUAAAUCAUAUGUGUUGUGGAAGUGUAUGAGUUUUUACAGUUCAAUUUACAACGGAUCUACAAUUUUUUUAUUUCAUAUUCUUACUGUUCAAUUCUUGUCGGUGUGCUGUCUGUAGUCUGUAGAAUAAUAUAAUUUUGUUCAUGAUAUGGUAAUGACACUGCUGCACAUAUUAUUAUAAUCAUACCCGGUGGCUGACACUUAAAUUGAAGUGAAGUAACAUGAGUAUCCGAAACGUUUUCAACAAAAAUCUAAACUUGAAGUAUUUACGGGUUAAAUACCUUGUUCAGCGGAAAAUAUGUCGACAACUUAGUAUACAAAGUGUAAAAUAUGAAAAUUAUCCAAAUGUCCGCUGUUCAAACAUACAUGUAAUUGGCGACUGUUUGCCUCACGACAACAAUACUACUACUUCUGUAUUUCCUUCGUGGAAAUGGUUGUUAGCGAUUUCACUUUUAUAUGCUGGGUACGAUAGUGAAAAUAUAUUUGACCUGAUCAACCAAGGAUCAGCAGAAGAAUUAACUAGAUUUUUAAAAGAUAAUUCUAAGGCAGCUAAUAAACUUCAUUCAUUUGGAUGGGCUCCAUUACACGUGGCUGCAUCGAAUAACAAAUAUGAGCACUUGGCAGUUUUAUUAAAAUCUGGAGCAGAUCCAAAUUUAAGUGAUGGUUUUUCAAAUUGUAUAAAUGUUGCUCGAAAGAGAAACAUUCACCCUUCAGAUGUUCUAUCAAUAAGAGAGAAUCAUUUUAUGCAUAAUUUUAAUGUUAAUGCAACAUUUCAAGGAUUUACUGCUUUACAUUAUGCAGCAUUAUUAAAUAAUAUUGAAUCACUGAAAGUUCUAAUGGAUCAUGGAGCUGAUCCCAAUUUAAAAUCAGUCUCUGGCCAUAAACCAAUAGAUUUGGUUACGGACAUAACAAUUUAUGAACUCCUUGCUGAUUAUGAAAAAGAAUUUGAACUUAUCAAAAAUAAAAAGGAAGCAGAAAUACGAAAAAAUUUUCCGUUAGAAUUAAGAUUGAAACAAAAAAUUAUUGGCCAAGAAAAUGCUAUUAAUGAAGUCUCAUCAGCUAUUAGACGUAAAGAAAAUGGUUGGACAGAUGAUGAACAUCCAUUAGUUUUUUUGUUCCUCGGUUCAUCUGGCAUUGGCAAAACAGAAUUGGCUAAACAGAUUGCUAGCUACCUACAUAAAAACAACAAAGAUGGUUUUAUUAGACUUGAUAUGUCUGAGUAUCAAGAAAAACAUGAGGUUGCCAAAAUGAUUGGCUCUCCACCAGGGUAUGUUGGAUAUGAUGAUGGUGGUUACCUUACAAAACAGUUAGCUAAAAAUCCAAAUGCUGUAGUAUUGUUUGAUGAAGUUGAAAAAGCUCAUACAGACAUAUUGACAAUUUUGUUACAACUGUUUGAUGAGGGCCGUAUAACUGAUGGUAAAGGAAAGACGAUUGUGUGUAAAAAUGCUAUAUUUGUUAUGACAUCAAAUUUAGCUAGUGAAGAAAUUGCAGAGCAUGCUUUAGAACUAAGAAAUGAGCAACGUCAAAAUAAACUAAUUGAAGAUAGUCGGUUAUCGGAUAAAAAAAUUGAAAAACAUGAAGAGGUUGUAACAUUUAUCUCCAAAAAAUUCAAAGAUCAAAUUGUAAAACCUAUUUUAAAAAAACACUUUAAACGAGAUGAAUUUUUGGGUCGUAUUAAUGAAGUGGUGUACUUUCUACCAUUUUCAGAAAUGGAAUUGAAAUUUAUCGUUCAAAGAGAAUUGCAAUAUUGGCAAGAGUUGGCUUUGAAGAAACAUAGCAUACAAAUUGAGUGGGAUAGUGCUGUUGAACAUGUAAUAAUUGGUGCAUAUGAUGUAAAUUAUGGUGCUAGGUCAAUUAAACACGAAGUGGAAAGGUCUGUAGUAUCUCAACUAGCUAAAGCACAUGAAAAAGGAUUGCUUAAAAAGAAUACUGUAGUAAAAAUUGAAGCAGAUAUUACCAAAGGUGAUCACGGAAAUAUCUUCCUAAAGAUUUAAUAGGAAUAAUCUUUUAAAUACUGACAAAAAUGCCUAAUGUUUAUUUAAUUGUGAUAUUAUUUUAUUUGUUAGUUCUUCAGUUGCACAUAUUAUAUCAUAUAAAUAA